AACAGCCCAAUAGGACAGAGAAAGAGCUGCUCAUGUAGUGUGCUCUCUCUAUACGUAUGUGCCCUUCCAUACUGCCACAGUGUGAUGGUGACGGCACUGAAAGAAAGUGUCUGUUUCAGCACGUUGCACUGACACAGACAGACAGUCCUGCAUACCUAUGCAUUUCCUUAGUUCUAGAGCAAAUCAAACAAAAGCCCACAAAAAAGGAACAUGGGCCACCACACCUUUUCCAAGGCCCCAUGCCCACACAUACACACACUCAAAUGUGCAGGGUCACAUGUACUGUGGCCUCUGUAGCAUCUCAUUCAAAUGCCCCCCACACAGAGACAGUGGUGGCUGCAAAGAAUUUUGCUAUCAUCAACAGAAAAGUGAGGGACAGCUUUUUGGUCGCCGUAUUCUCUCUGAUUCUCUCUCUUUCCCACUAAGUGAGCAGCAGCUCUCACCUUUUUCCCUCUACCCAUCUCUAUCUUUACCUGUGGAAGGUGGGCAGUAGAGAGGGUGCAUUUCCAGAAACAAGUUGCUCUGAAGUGGCCCCAUUGUCUCAGCUCAAGAUGUACAGCUUCAUGGGAGGGGGUCUGUUCUGUGCCAUCGUGGGUAACAUCCUGCUGGUGGUCUCCACUGCAACUGACUACUGGAUGCAGUACAGGCUCUCUGGAAACUAUGCCCACCAGGGUCUGUGGAGAUACUGCAUGUCCAACAAGUGCUACAUGCAGACUGACAAUAUAGCUUACUGGAAUGCCACCAGGGCUUUCAUGAUCCUCUCAGGGAUGUCGUGCUUUGCAGGCAUCAUAGCUGGCAUCAUGUCUUUUUCACACUUCUCCUCCUUCGAAAGGUUCAACCGCUCCUUUGCUGCAGGAGUCAUGUUUUUUAUCUCCACUUUGUUUGUUUUGUUGGCUAUGGCCAUCUACACCGGAGUGACUAUCAACUUCCUGGGAAGGCGCUUUGGUGACUGGCGCUUCUCAUGGUCUUACAUACUUGGCUGGGUGGCCAUGCUCAUGAACUUCUUUGCUGGAAUUUUCUACAUAUGUGCUUACAGAAUGUGUGAAUGCAGGAGAGGAAACAGCCCACGCUAGAGGGAGACAAACUGCUUGUGUUUCUCAAAAGAGAAAAAUGCCACUUUGAGUAGAGGAGAAGCUGUACACACUGAUCUGCAGAAGAUUUGAUGACUGACGCUGGUCCUAGAGGCCUUAGAUGGUCUGCUUUCUAAAACACACCUUCUUUAAUCAUUCAUUAUAUUAGCAUGGAGUAAAAACAAACCCAGUUAAACUGAAUAAUGUGUCUGAUAAUUGUAACAUGAUAUUGGUGUUAUCAAACUUAUUAAACCUUCAUUAAAUCAUACUGAUCAUUCU